AUGGCCCAGGAGAAGGCUGGGGGCCACCUGCUCACUCACGUCCCAGCCAUCUCCUUUGAGACCGACUCUACUGUGGAGUGCACCUCCAAGAGGACUCCGGAAGAGAGGGACCGGGUGAAGAGGGAAGGAAAGGAAGUUGUUGAGGAAGAACCUGUGGCCACACCCAAAGAGGAGGCCAAGAAGGGAAGGAAGGCAAAAAGUAAGAGGAGUGGCAAGAAGUCAAGGAAGCUGGGCACUGACAACGAUGCAGUCUCCAGGAAUAAACACCUGGAUAGAGGAUCUGUAAUUGAGCUCCUGGAGAAGAAAGCUGUUCAGGCUACAUUCGGCCCAGGCAACAAGGAUGAGAUGGAAUACUCCUACCCAAUCCUCAUCUCAUUCCUGCGCAAUCUUACUGAUGAGCAGUGGCAAGUGAUCUACAAAGGACUAAAAAACCCUAUGACGAAGGAACAGCUUGCCAAAUUGUGCAAGACAAUUGUAACCUUCAUCGCACAGACCACCCUGAAGAUCCUGCUGCCAGCCCUGGCCCGCGUACUUGGGGUAAAGGACUUUGCUGACGACGACACUGACUCACCCAAGAGGGGUGGCAGUGCAAGAUCCUUUGCUGCCUUUGAUCAGGAAAGACUGGAGCUCAUCCAGGAAGUUAGAUAUCUGGCGAAGAAAAUGUAUAAGGGCGGCACAGGGGCUCAACAUCUCAGGUCCCUAACACCCUCUUCUAAGAGUUCCCAGACCUCAGUGAAAGUCCUCCUGGGAAUGACAGAGGACAGAAUCAUCAAAAGUGUCCAGGAGCAACUGUCUGAUCAUAAUAUCCUGUCCUCUUGCCCACCUGAGCUGACUGUUGGUCUUAUCAAGGUGGUGGUCGAACAGCUUAACUCUGCCCUCUCUGCGACCAUCAGCAGAGCCAUUUCAGGGCGGUCCUCCCCUAUUUCUUCUGGUACCCAGGCCGCUGAACAAAUGGUCAACAUGGUCCAGAAAUGUUUUGAUGAUCACACCACCCCAGAGGACCAGAGCUCUACCUCUGUAUUAGAGUCAUGCAUUCCACCUGCAACAGAAGAAGUGAUGACUGUUAUCGCAGAGAUAAGGAGCUGA